AUGCGAAGCAGGCCUGGCAACACGGACGGCGUGGUCUCCCCCCUCCCACCCCCCGCCCCGGCGGUGGCCACUCUCUGGCAGACUCUGAGCCGCGGGAAUCGGCCCGGUCCAAGAGUGCGGUGGUACAUCGUUGCUUCGUCAGGUCCUGGUGCCCUGGCUCAGAGCAACUACUGCAACGCCGUCCAGACCGGCAACCUGGUCUUCCUCGCCGGGCACCUUCCCUUCGACAAGGAUGGCAAGGUCAUCACCGGCAAGCUCGGCGCCGGCAUGUCCGUCGAGGAGGGGCAGGCUGCUGCUCGCGCUGCCGCUCUCGGCCUGGUGUCCACUCUCAACCAGCAUCUGAAUGGUGACCUCGAGCGUGUCAGCCGGAUUGUCAAGAUGUCGGCCCUGAUCAACUGCACCCCCGACUUCUCCAUGCACCCGGCCGUGGCCAACGGUGCCAGCGACACCAUGGUCCAGGUGUUCGGCAGCGCCAUCGGGAGCCACGCCCGCUGCGCGGCCGGCUUCAUCAGCCUCCCGCUGGAGGCCGCCGUCGAGGUGGAGCUCAUUGUUGAGGUCUCCGACGAUGUCAAUGCCUCGCCGAAGGCCCACAUCUAA